GCUGGUCGCAAACCCAUUAUGUUGGUUUUGUCAUAACACGGCUCAUAUGUCUCCCCUUUUGCACAAACGUGUCUUUCGGUAUAUCUGUGAAUACAAUUGUUAGCUUUAAUCUUCGUUAACGGUUUAAUACAAUGGAAAUAACUUUUUAUUUUCUUGAUGGAUCUGUAAAAUUUUAGUUUCAUUCGACAGUGUGAUAUCUUUGCCCCAUUUUUGUUUUUAUAUUAGAGGCGUUCAGUUAUAUUCAAUGCAUUGAAAUGCUACAUAGGAUUUUAAUUGACAUUUAUCUAUUGCAAUAUCUUAUUAUAAUUGUAUGAAUAUAAAGUACAGUGUACGGAGACAUUGUUGUGAAAAAUGAAUGAUUAGUUCAGAGGAAGUGCUGCAGAUAUUUGUUUUUUAAGUAAACUUAAUUGUCUUUAUAAAAUUGUGUAAACACAACAAGUACAUAAUACUUUUGCGAUUAAAAAAACAGAUUACAAUUGCAUAUAAGAUUGAUGCAUUGAAAAUUCGACAAUAUAAAAUACAAGAACGGGUAAAAAAGAAAAUGGAUGAAAAACACAAUGUUCAGGAAAUGGAAAUAGAGUCAAAACAUCAAAAUUUAAAGAAAAGACUGAGAAAUUUCUUUACAUUUAGCAGCACGUGUCAGAAGAAAAACUUAGUUCAGACAGUGUGUGUAUAUUUCAAUAUCCUGUUACUGGGAUGGACAUACGGUCAACUUGGGACAGCUUUUCCUGAUAUACAACUGAUUCUUGGAACAAAUGUUGAACACACGUCGCUUUUGUUUACUGUGAAUUCAUUCGGCUACAUGACCGGAAGUCUCACGAUUGGCUUUAUAUAUGAUCGAGUACAGCGCCUUAAACUGCUAGGUAUUGUUUCCAUUAUAAACGGAAUAACUAGUGCGGUAUCACCAUGGUGCAGUCAGUAUUGGUUAUUUCUCUUUGUUCGUCUGGUCGAUGGGUUUCUUGCGGGAGGUAGGGACAGCAGUGGAAAUGCUAAAGUAAUGUCAUGCUGGGGAAAACAUGGCGCACCAUUUAUGCUUGCGCUCCACUUUUCUUUCGCUAUUGGUGGAAUAAUUUCACCUCUUGUAACACGUAAUUUCCUUGCGCCGAAACUUGGACAAAUUGAAAAUAACAAUACAGCAAUCUCACAUGGAUGGAACAUGUCGAACAACUUUACCACGUCAGGUAACCUCCGCAACAUAACCGGACACGAUGAAAAGGAACAGGUCAUUUAUGCUGAAACUAAAAUUCAGUGGGCAUUUCUAAUCACUGGAGUUCUGACAGCAUUAUCUGGCAUACUGUAUAUCAUUUUAUUUUGCUAUGGAUAUGAGAAAGUACCAACAUAUACAAAAACAAACGAAAAUGAAAGUGGUAACCAAUCUUCCUCAAAGGUUAAACGGGUAAAACUAAGCAAAUGUCAGUUGAUUUUGUUUCUAAUACUAUUGGGGUUCUCUGUCAUUUCCAGCACGGCUGUUGAAUGCAAAGCUUUAUCCUUUAUCAUGUCAUUUGUUCUCCUCCAGUUAAACUGGUCAAAGAGCGAUGGGGCUUUUCUUAUCUCGUUGAUGUGGACAUUUUACAGUAUCGGGCGUUUCUCUGGAAUUUUCGUUUCCAAACUUGUCCGAACUCAUAAAAUACUUAUAACUAAUAUGAUAGUAAUAAUAGUGUCUUCCGUUGUUCUUUAUUUUGGUUCUAUCUACAAUAUAUCCGGCAUUGUUUGGACAAUGGUUCCAUUAAUGGGGGCUGGUAUUUCCUGUUGUUUCCCAACAUUUAUGGUAUGGACACAUGAAAAUGUGCUUAAAAUCACCGGAAAGGUUGGUGGGUACUUCCAAUUUUGUGGUUCUAUUGGGUGUUUCAUAGAUCCAUUGUAUAUAGGGGCUUUGAUGGAAAAUGUGUCACCGCUUUAUUUUAUAUACUUGCAAAUUAUUCAAAGUGGUUUCAGCCUCUCUGUAUUCAUUGUUAUUGUAAUAGGUAUCGCCAGAUUAAAACAAACAGUGAGCACAAUGUAGCAGUUCUGAUCUUGCUUGUAGAUCGAUUUAUAAUGUUCAGGGCCAUUAUCAACAUGUAUAGAUGUACAUGUCUAUAAAUCGCUAAAAUACGUAGUAUGCUAAUGUUAUUACAAUGAUUAAAAUGGAUUGAUAUGUUGUUGUUGUUUCUGCUGCUGCUGCUGUUGUUGUUGUUGUUGCUGGUGUUGAUGGUGUUGUUGUGUUGUUGUUGUUUGCAAACUGUUGUUUUUUUGUUUGUUUUUAUUUUUUUAUUUUUAUAGGACUCAGAAACACUAUUAUACACUGUUGAUAUGUUGUUGCUAUACCCGGAUACCUUACUUGCAUACACUUAUCAGUUAUUUAUCAUUAAACAGUAUAAUUACAUCCUUACAGUCAUGUGCUGUUAUAGAAGACGUUAAAUAAAUUUACACUUACAAUUC